GGGGGAAUCAGAACCUGGCCCCCACCUCUCCUCGCGGGGUGCUGGAGAAUUGUUGGGACACGAGCGGUGUCGGUGCUGAGAGGUGGAGGAUCGCGGUGACAGGGGAUCGCGGAGAACCCCCCCCCCCCACCCCACCCCCCGCCUUGUGCAACACAUCUUCCAUUCUGCGGUAAAAAUGGCGGCGUCAGAGGGGGCGCGCAGCGGCCGAACAACGGCUGAGCGAUCCUGAAGAAAAAAAAAGAAGCUCCGGGUUGGACCGAGUCUCGCUCGCCAGGUGCCGUUACUCUCAGCCGGGACACCACCCGGAUCACCGGCAUACAGACGAACGCUGUCACGUGCCACGGUGGAGAUUUUACCGCCGAAGGCAGAUAAGAGUGGGUGGGUUUCGCCGAUAGCGGCUAACGGGCUAGCCCGCGCGAGCUAAUACGUGCUAGUUAACGUAAGCUCGGUGAAGAAGAGCGAGAAGGGGAUUGAGGAAGACCGUUGGGGACAGGCCGCUCCAGUUUUUUCGGGCAGGAGGGGGGAAUGUGAGCCAGGGGAGCGCAAGGGGUGGGGGGGUUUGCUCGCGUCGUCCUUACACCACACUACAGGGAUGGGGCAGCAGGUAGGCCGCGUCGGUGAGAGCACAUCGACCGGACUCCAGCCACCGCAGCCCCACGCGUCCCAACCGCACCAAGCGAAGGGGAACCGGGGGAGCGCCGCCGGGAGGAGACCCCGGGAACCCGGCAGCAGCACGGGGACACCGCCAGGCAGGACGGCUGCAGUCAACGUGCCCGACCCGAGUAUCAAUGUCUUCACACUGCAUUCAGAGGCGGUGCGAUGGAGCUCCAAGGAGAACCUGCUCGGAGCGGCCGAGAGCGACCCGAACCUCUUCGUUGCACUUUAUGACUUUGUCGCCAGCGGAGACAACACGCUCAGCAUCACCAAAGGUGAGAAGCUGCGUGUGCUGGGCUACAACCAGAAUGGAGAGUGGAGCGAGGUGCGCUCCAAGAACGGCCAGGGCUGGGUGCCCUCAAACUACAUCACGCCGGUCAACAGUCUGGAGAAGCACAGCUGGUACCACGGGCCCGUGUCGCGCAGCGCCGCCGAGUACCUGCUCUCAUCCCUUAUCAACGGCAGCUUCCUGGUCCGGGAGAGCGAGAGCAGCCCCGGACAGCUGUCGAUAUCCCUCCGCUAUGAGGGCAGAGUGUAUCACUACCGGAUCAACACGUCUUCUGAUGGAAAGGUGUACGUGACGUCUGAGAGUCGUUUUGCUACCUUGGCCGAGCUGGUCCACCAUCACUCCACCGUAGCCGACGGCCUGGUCACCACCCUGCACUACCCAGCGCCCAAAUGUAACAAGCCCACAGUGUACGGCGUGUCCCCCAUCCACGACAAGUGGGAGAUGGAGCGCACGGAUAUCACCAUGAAGCACAAGCUGGGAGGCGGCCAGUAUGGGGAGGUGUACGUGGGAGUGUGGAAGAAGUACAACCUCACGGUGGCUGUCAAAACACUCAAAGAGGAUACCAUGGAAGUUGAAGAAUUUCUGAAAGAAGCAGCAGUUAUGAAGGAGGUUAAACACCCGAACCUCGUUCAACUCCUAGGCGUGUGUACGUUGGAGCCUCCGUUCUACAUCGUAACGGAGUACAUGCCUCACGGCAACCUUCUGGACUACUUGAGAGAUUGUGACAAAGAGGAGGUGAACGCUGUGGUGCUGCUCUACAUGGCCACACAGAUCUCCUCUGCCAUGGAAUACCUGGAGAAGAAGAACUUCAUACACAGGGAUCUCGCAGCCAGGAACUGCUUGGUCGGGGAGAAUCAUGUCGUGAAGGUUGCAGACUUUGGCCUGAGCAGGUUGAUGACUGGCGACACCUACACUGCCCACGCUGGGGCCAAGUUCCCCAUCAAAUGGACAGCGCCAGAGAGCCUUGCAUACAACACCUUCUCUAUCAAGUCUGAUGUCUGGGCAUUUGGGGUGCUGCUAUGGGAAAUUGCCACCUAUGGCAUGUCUCCAUACCCUGGAAUUGAUCUGUCUCAGGUCUAUGACCUCCUGGAGAAAGGCUACCGCAUGGAACAGCCCGAGGGAUGCCCACCUAAAGUCUAUGAACUCAUGAGAGCCUGCUGGCAGUGGAGCCCAUUGGACAGACCUUCGUUUGCAGAGAUCCACCAAGCCUUUGAAACAAUGUUCCAUGACUCCAGCAUCUCUGAAGAGGUGGCAGAGGAGCUCUGUAAGACGGCCUCCUCCGGUCACUGCGGGCCGCUGCACCCUCUCAGUCACGACAUGCCCCUGUUGCCUUCCAAAUCUCGCACCUCCCACAAGCACACAGAAAACAAGGAAAACAUUGAAGGUGGACUGGACGGACGAUCCGACCACGGCACGCACGGUCACUCAGAGAGAACCAUGCCAAGCUGGGCCUCCACACUGCUGGGUGGGGAUGGCCGAUCAGGCGGCUCCCCGGCUCUGCCCCGAAAACAGCAGCCGCGGGAGAAAUCUCCGGGCGGCCUGUUGGAGGACCCGCAGGAUGUGGGCACAUUUACACGAGACCGCAAGACUGGCUUCUUUAGCUCCUUCAUAAAGAAGAAAUCGUCUUCCUCCUCAUCCUCCUCUUCGCCGUCGUCUCAGCUCCAACAGAACCUCCCGACGCCGCCCAAGAGGAGCAGUUCCUUCCGGGAGAUGGAAACGCAGCCGCACAAAAAAUACGAGCCCACGCCGGAUUUCAGCGCUCCUCCUCCCCAGCCCCAUUCGGACGGUCUCGGGGGCUUCUCCUCCUCCUCUCCCUCCCCCUCUCACUCCCACGGAGAGCCCGCCCAGCCGCAGGCGCGGUGCUGCGGCGCCGCUUUUGGGCAAAAGCCCUCUGCCGCGGGGUUCACUUCACAGGUGGCGAGCGGCAGCAGCUGGAGCGGGUUGGCGGGUUUUUUCACCCCCCGACUCAUCAAAAGGACCCUGGGGCUACGGACAGGGAAGACGGCCUCCUCGGAGGAGGCGGGGAGCAUAGCGGGAGGGCCGAAAGCCUUCCCCAGGUCCAAUUCUACCUCCUCAAUGGCGUCGGGGCUGCCGGACCUGGAGCGCAUGGCUCUGACUUUACCCCGGAACCGCAGUGCGAAACCCCCGCUGGAGAGGACCGCCUCCACCACCUCGCAGCCGGAGAACGGGGGCGGGCGGCCCUCGGAGGCUCUGCUGAGGAGGAUGGACGAGGGGACCGCGCAGAUCAGGGAAAGGCCCAAAGCCAAGCUGCUGCCCCGAGGUGCCUCCGCCACCGCAGGGGUGAGGGCACCCGGGGUCGGAGGGGAGGUGGGGGACUCUGAGAGCCCGCCUCGGGUCAAGGGAGGGCAGGAGGAGGGUGGCGGUGUCCUGGACAGGCAGCAGAGUUGGUCAUCUCCCUCUAAGGCCUCUGGCUCGAUGGCGUCGUCGGCCCUCGCUGCGGGAGCCCAGACUCACAACCACAAAGUCCCGGUCCUGAUCUCCCCCACGCUGAAGCACCACAGCCCGGCUGACGUGCACCUGGUGGGGCUGGACUCUCAGGGGAACCGCUUCAGACUGCUGUCCGAGCACCAAGCGGAGCGGGACCGGCCGCGGCUCGUAAAACCCAAGUGCGCCCCCCCGCCCCCUCCCACCCUGCGCAGCCUGCAGCAGGCGUACAGCGGCGACGGGGAGGAGCAGGUGGGAGGAGCGCCCGCGGAAGUGAACGGAGACUCGCUGAGAGGUCACAGGUCGUUGAGAAUGUCCGGCGGAGCAGCGACGGGCCGACCGGCGGUGCCACCGCCGCAAGUGCCUCCCGUCACGUCCUCUUCCUUUUCCCCGUCCUGCCCCGGCAACGCCAACCCGACUCCCAUCAAAAUGGGCAACGGAGCCGCCGUCACCGCGGCCGCCUCGUUCUCCUCCUCCUCCUCCUCUUCGCACGCAGCGCCGUCCGCCGGUUCCAAAGUGGCCCUGCGGCGGACCAGGCAGCAGGCGGAGAGGGCCCCCCUGGAGCGGGCCAACCGCAUGGCCCUGCUGGAGUGUGCCGAGUGCCUGAGCAGCGCCCUCCACGCCAGCUCCGAGAGCCCCUCCAGCAGCCAGGUGCUGGACGCCGGCCACCAGCUGCUAGACUACUGCUCAGGUUACGUGGACUGCAUCCCUCAGACGAGGAACAAAUUUGCCUUCAGGGAGGCCGUGGGGAAGCUGGAGCUCAGCCUGCAGGAACUGAGGGCCUCGUCCUGCGGGGGUGGAGUGCUGGGCGGCGUGGGGCCCCCCACUGUGCAGGACAACCUUCACAGCUGUAUUAAAGAGAUUAGUGACUUGGUGCAGAGGUAGCCACUGCGUCAACAUCAACCCGUCCCCCCCACCCACCCCCCACCCCCAACUGCUAAUAUUCCUCUUUGUGUUCCGGUUCCUUUUCACUGGGGUGAAAUUAAGACUCAUUUUUCUUUAAGUACCUCAGAGAAAUCACUACAAAAUGUUCUUUUUUGUUUUUGUUUUUUUACUGUUUACAAACAAGUGUUGCGUAAGAUGCCUGUGUGGACACUGGUUUUGCGCUGACCUAAAAGUAUUCAGAAACCUAUUGCAGCAAACGUAAUGCCGUAUAAGCCCCACCGUGACAUUGUUCGCCCCUCGCCUCCACCUUGGGCCGUGAAAAAAAGCCUCCUUGUUAAAAUGACGAAUGUGUCGAGCUGUGUGUAGUCAGACCAGCGAUCAGGCAAAGUCAAUCAGUCAAUACGUCCCUGCUCAGCCUUAUGCGAAUACCAGACGGUGUUUUCACAGGGGAAGGUAUCAUGAGUUGGUGUUCUGCAGUCGAGUAUUUUUCUCGCUGUCAGGGGAACUAAGUGAUCAUAAGCCUUUUUUUUUUCUUCUUUUGUUUUAAAAGCCAUUAUAUUCUAAAGGAUUUCAAGCGAUAUGAUUCACGGUUUUGAGGUCUCAAUUAAGCAGUUUUUAUUCUACGUGUAGAAUUUAACUUACUGUCACAAAAGUGAAACGACAAUAUUUUUAAGUAGAUGAACUAAUGUGAUGAAAAAUAUCACUUCUCCCCCCCCAAAGUGCUCAUGUUGACUUGGGACUAAAGCCUUGUUUCUGGGAGUAAACGAGACAUUCCCACGGGGCCACACAAGGCCCCCUUGUUGACAAAAAAAAGGACUGAUGGGAUGACUUGCAACGACACUGCAUCCAGCCAAGUGUACAUUUUCCGUAUUGCCAAACAAAGGCGUAUGAAAUCUACAAAAGAUUUAUUCGAUAUCCAAAACGUAAUAGUGAAUGUGGGCUGUUUUUCUCAUAUGCGUGACCUUUAACACAGUGCCACAUGAACGGGGGAUCCCCACUCACCUAAAGCAUUUCAAUAUUUAUGUCCAGUUAUCCUUGCACACUACAUUUCUCCCUCGUAUGAUGGAGCAUAAAUAGAGCGGGGGGAGGGGGAGAGCACAGGGUAGCGCAUGAGCAGGGGAACUGGGACAGUAUUUCCAAAAGUGUCCUUCUCAGUAUGGACCGUGCUGGAUUCCCUGUAGCCUUGUCGUGUCCUCAGUGCCUAGAAUUCUUCCAUGUACGAACACCGCGCGAUGCAGAGACCUUCUUCACGGUAAUCACACCGUACCGAUUUCUCUACAAGAACAAAAGAACAAAAAAGAACUGCAGUAUGUCUUCAGCACAUGAGCAAUUUGUACAUUAUUUGGUUAAAAGAAAAAUGCUUCCUAGAAUGUCUAUGUCUGAACUUGAAUUUUAAAUUAUUCCUGAUUUUACUUCUUUUCUUUUAUUAAAAGCACAGACCUAUUUUGGGAGAAAAGUUAUGUAAAUAUUUGAUUUAUUUCAUAUCCAGGAAACAAAAGAUGUAUGUGUAGUUACAGCAUUGAGAGCAAUGUUUUUGACUGAGGAGAUGUAUUGGGAGACCUCGGCUCAACCACCCUGAUCUGAAUAUCUGCUUGAUGAAUGUAUUUUUAUUCUGUUCUGAACUCAAAUGUUCACCUGCAUGACUCUUUAAUCUUUGACGGUGACCUUUUUAAAAAUUAUUUAUUAUCUUUUUUUUUAUUUUUAUUUUUAUUGGCCCAUAUUUCAAUUUUGGUUACACUAAAUAAGUUCAGAAACAGCUGCUCUGUUUUUUUGAGCACAAACAGAACUGUGUACAGCGCGCGCACACGCAACAUGCUUUGGCUCACAACUUAUUGUACACUGGACAAGGCCUCAGACACAUUGUUUCGUUGACACAUGUUCCAUACGAGUACGACAAAGUCGAUUCUGUAAACACUGCGGAUCCAGAACUUUUUCAAAAUGCCUGUUAUUGACACUUGAUGGAUUGCCAAGUAAAUAUUUUGUCCUCUUGUGUUGUGGUGCGUUUUUACAUUUGUCAUUUUAUGUUUUUGUGUGUCAGUCAUGUUCUUGCCAAACAGGACCCUUUGAGACAAACUGAUGACUCCUGUCUAUUCACUGUGAGUUUCAAAUAACAUGGAGGAAAAAAUGCCAUCUUUUCUUUCAUGAUUCUUGGUGCCUUUUUGUGAACAAAUCAUCUAUGUACAGUACACUAUCACUGCAAGAAUUCAAAGCUAUGGCAAUGUUAGUGAUGUCCUUUACUAUGAGGUUGUGAUAAGCAUAUCACUACAGCAUGCAUUUCUGUCAUUUUGAGUUUAAUGGUCCGAUGCUGAACUGAAAAACCAAAAGGUGCACUUUGAAUAACGUAGUUAGCUACUUUAACAAAAUGACACACGUGUGUGCUGCAUUGAACCAGAGCUGCUGUGUCGUCACAUAUUCUGAUCACAUCAAAGGUUGCUGUCAAGGGAAAAAAAGGACUCUUUUAGAGUUGCCGAGCAAAUGUUUUCUGUGGAUGUGUAUCAUCUCAAGAAAGCCUUAUUUAGAAAAAUGGAAUCUCCCAGAAUCAACACGUUUUCAGUCUGGACUGUUUUUAAGGAAAUAAGAGAUGUCGAUUUUUUAACAAUAUUUACAGUCAAUAAGUUGAUUUCAUACAAAGGUGUUUUCCUGAAAUCUGAUAACCGAAAACAGACACCAUUCAAUAUCUGAGCUCACCACAAAUUCCUGCUUAUUCUCUAUCGGUCCUCUACGUCAUCUUUAUUUAUGCUGCCGGAAUUUAUCCUGUUUAUCUGUCAUUUUGUUUCUGCCGUCUCUCUUUUUGAGAACAGCUCUGGAGAACGUGUGCACACAUCUUUAUACCAAAGGCCACUUCUUCAGUUGUACGAGUGCAAUCUAAAGCAACACACAAAAUAAUGGAGUAUGUGAAUUCAAACAGGGAUAUAAGUGGCAAGAGAUGUUAACAUUAACCUUUUUUAUUGUCCAAAUUAUAUAUUUUGUGUUGUUUUUUUUAAUUUAAAAGCUCACGUUAUAUUACUGUGAAGUUUUGCUCAUCAGUGUUAAGCCUAUUGUAAAUAAUAAAGAUAUUGAUGAUUA